GCUUACAUUGUUGUCACUUUAAUUAAAUUGCCGGCGACUUAAUUGUUUGCCGGGUUUGCCGUUAUUUUGACAAAAUGUUGUGAAGUAUUUGUGCAAUUUUUCUUGCAUUUAUUUACAUUGGGAAUUAUUUACGAACAAUUGACAACAAAAAUUAAGUUAAUUUGAUAAUUUGAUGUAAUUAUAAUUGAAGACGUGUCCUCAAUUAUGAAUGAAGUCACGUGUGCGAUUGAGGAUUCCGGACGUCCAGAAACUUUAAUGGAUCAGUUGAUUAACGAUGACAAUAACAACAGCAACAACAAAAUCAACGAAUCUUCAGAAAUGGACACUGAAUUUAUCGAUACAAUUUCCAUGACGAAAGCAGAUACCGAUGAUUUAUUCAGUAUGGACACAUUACACGAUUCGACAAUUGAUAGACUCGAUGAACCAACGCUUGGAGGUUUUUACGACUUGUCAGACAUCGAUAAAUUUUCCAAUUUUAAGUCCAAAGCCGUUCAAAUGCCUGAAGUUUCAUCGACUGAGAAUGUAAAAAUUAUUGUUAAUACUUCACAGCCAAUAGACGCAGAUCUCGAUGAAAUACCACCGAAUAGACCAAAAAUAAUUUCAGAAGAAAUUGUCGAAACGAAAAUUCUCCUUUAUCAAAAAUCGACAAUCUAUGAGAAGGAUAAUGAAAAAACUUCCACUGCGAAAAAAUUUGAAGCUGACAAAAAUACAUCAAGUAAUUCACUCGAUAUUUGCGAAAUCGAAUCACUAUCAGGAAUGGAUGAUUGUCGUGGAUUUUCAAUUGAAGAUGUGACAGAAAGUUUCGAGAAAAUAAAGAAAAAUAUAUCUCAACAACCAGUUGAAUACGAUUUUCCAAAUAUUUACCGAGAAACAUCGAUUAUUUCAAUUCCAAACGCCGAAUCAAUUUCGUAUUUGAAUUUCAAUCUUCCCGAUCAAGUUGAACCACUCGAAUCGAUAGUAUUAGGAAAAAAUUUGAUUAAACCCUCAAUGUUUUAUUUCAAAGGCUCCGGCUACACGGAACUUGAUUCAUUAAUGAGAAAAUGUAGUAUUAUUGGUCAAAAAAUUGCCGGAAAAUCGAAGAGAGCCAAUAAAAAGGAUAAAACAUUAUCAAUUAUUCAAAAAGGAAAAUUAAAUGUGUUGAUGAAAAAAAGGAAAAUUGAACAAUUUGUCGCCAAUGAACAAGAAUCAAGUGUUGAACGACGACAAACAAGAUUUUUAUUAAAGAAUCAAAAUCAAUUGCUACAACAAUUAAGUGACACGCCAAAAUCAAAUCAAAAUAAUCAUCAAUCGAAACCGAGAAAAAUUAUUUCUCAAAUAAAUAAAUUAAACUUAAAAGACGUUCGGGUUAGUCUUGAGCGUAUUGAAAUCAUAAAAGAGUAUGCACAUCUAGAUUAUUUGAAUUCAAGUCCUCUUAUUGAUCCUUCUGACUCUUCAGAAAACGAACAGUCAUUACGUAUGGAUGAGAGUUCAAAAAAGGAGAUAUCAUUCGCAACCCGCAGGUCGGAUAGGCUAAGAAAAAGUGAGAUAAAAGGUAUCAUUCCUUUCAAAUCUAAAUAUCGUAGUAUUAAACAAAAAAAACGGGUCUCAUUUUCAGAGUCCGUUUUUAUAAAGGAGUUUUAAGAAAAAGGUUCUUUUUUCGGGGGAUGAAUUUAUGAUUCAAAAUAAAAAUUUGUGAUAGUCCUAAAACCAAAGCAAGUUAAGUUUAAUUAAUUGUUUUCAAUUAAUAAUCAGUGUUACCUUACUUGCUAAGAGAGAAAUAAUUUUGUUUAAAGAAUAAAAAGUAUUAGGACUAAGUAUUAUUAAUUAUUAACUAUAAAUAAUUAAAUUUAAAAGUUAUUAAAAUAUUCAAAAAAAUAUUCCAAUAUUACAAUGUUUAUAAAUUUAUAAUGUUACUACUAAAUAUUAUCGAUAUUUAAAGAUUCUCUUUGAAUCGAAAAGAAAAAAAGUACAAAUUAAAAUCAAAGAAAAAUCUCUAAAGAAAUUGUGAUUUAAAAACUAUUCUAUGAAAAUAUUUGCAAUAAAUAUUAUGUACAUUUAAAUAUUACAGGAAAGUAUUUAAAACUUGUUUUUUGUUAAAAAUAUUGUUAUGAACGAAACAAAAAGUUUUCUUUGGUACGAAUUUCCUCAUUUUUUGCCUUAUUGUUCAAAACAAUAGGUUUUCGAAUAAAUGAUUUGUUUUCAAUAAAUAAAAGCAAGAAGACUUUGAAUAAAACUAAAUUAAAUUUUUUGUUAGUUUAAACAAAAAAUUCAAAUUUGAAACAAGUAAUUAUUUUAACUUGACGUAAAUUUUAAGACAUUCUACUUAGUCGGCAAUUCAAGAGACUGUUAAGUUCUAAAAUUAAAAUGUAAUAUUAAAAAGAAAAUAUUGUAAUAAUUCUGUGAACAACUAGUUUAAGAUAAAAUAUUUAUUUUAUAUAAAAUGUUUUGUAAAA